AACCGCGCUGCUCGAUCGGCUUACGCGUACUUUUGGCGUACUUCAGUCGCAAACGCGAUUUGAUAGCAAACGGACGCAGUACCGAGACCGGCGCGGACGUUCAGCGUGUUUACGCGAACGCGUGUGUCUUUUUUCAUUGGUUUUCGUUCGACAAGUGCAAAAGCGUUUUGUGUGUUCGAGAACCAUCAACACAACGAUUAUUAGGCUAAAUGAUGUGAAGAAGAGAAAUGCUCCAGGUUCAAACAGCGAUAAGGUGUGCAAGUGAUUCGCCAGUGAUGCUGAUCCAGUGAAUUAGUGUUACAUCGAUCGUAUACAGCAAUUACACACAACAAAGAGAAGAAAGAAGAUGUGGCUCGCCCAGAUGUCGUUGAACAUCUUUCUGAUCCUGCUGAUGUUGAUGUGCCAGGAGAAUAAAUUUCACCGCUGGAAGGUGGAAGCCCAGCUCAGUGCGUUUAAACCGACCGUCUUCGACAACACCGAGUGGCGGUUGUUCUUCCACCUGUACCGGAACAUCACCAUGAUGAUGGCCGGUCGUACAGGGCUGAAAACGAGAGGAGAUUUCCUUCAAACACCUGUUCCGGAAAGUGCGCCCUUUCCCUGUGAUACUUCUAUGGGGAAAAGUCGAGAGCCGCCGUCCAGCGUGCACAAGUUGAGACCAGGUGAUGUCAAUGUGAUUGCCGCAAUCGGAGAUUCGGUUAUCACAGCUAGUGGAGCCUCUGCCACUAGUUUUCUAGAGCUAUAUACGGAGAACCGAGGUCUUUCCUGGUGUAUUGGCGGCCAGUGGAACUGGCGUAACGCCACAACGCUUCCUAACAUUUUAAAAGUUUAUAAUCCUAAGUUAGUAGGUUAUUCAUACAGCGACUCGUACAGCUUUCACUGGGAUUCGCAGUUCAACAAUGCAGAAAUUGGUGCCAUUUCCAAAGAGCUGCCCCACAUGGCGCGCCAGAUGGUGACGCGAAUCAAGUCGGACCGGCGAGUUAACUUCAAGAAGGACUGGAAAAUCCUCACCAUAACCAUCGGAGGAAACGACAUAUGCGCCUACGUCUGCACAAUGAAGAACCCGGAGUCGCUGCCGAUAAAACAUCGGCGGAACCUGCUGACGACUCUGCGAUACCUAAGGGACCACUUGCCGCGAACGUUUGUCAACAUUGUCUCCAUGCCGGACGUGGAAAAAGUUGCCUCGAUCGAGGGCAAGCCCGCCAUCUGCUGGAUACUGCACCAUGGCGAGUGUCCCUGUUGGGUGGGACCCAUUCACAAUUCGACGGAAUCCUCCAGAUCGAGGUGGGCCCAUAUUCAAAAGCAGUACAAAAAGGUCGAAGAGGAAGUACCUCAAAUGGACGAGUUUCGUGGGCUCGACGAAUUCGCCGUGGUUCAUCAGCCGUGGACAAAGGAGCUUUCCCUACACGAUGAUAAAGGUGUGGAUUUCACGCUACUUUCCUAUGAUUGUUUCCAUAUGAGUCAGAAAGGCCAUGCUCGGGCAGCAGCCGCCCUGUGGAACAACAUGCUCGAGCCGCCCGGCAAAAAACGGGUGGACUGGGACCCGCCUUUCGUCAACUUCCGAUGCCCAUCGCAGCAAAAUCCAUAUUUCUACACCUACGACAACAGCUGACAGCAGCGGACCGAGCUGCGUUAUACUUAGUGCAAACAACUCCGUGCGUUCAUUUGCAAAGUGAUAAUUAUGCAAUGCCAGAGGAUCGAUAAAUAACUCCAAAAACAAUAACAAUAAUAAUUAUUAUACCGUUGCGGUGGUUUGCCAGCCA